GGCGCUGGCUCUGGGACAUUCUGACACACAGACGAAGACAUGGGACUCGGGAAGGGCCAUGAAAAAUAUGAGCUGGCAGCUACAUCUGAGCAGGAUGGGAAGAAGAAGUCGAAGGGCAAGAAGAAAGAAAAGGACAUGGAUGAGCUGAAGAAAGAAGUCGAUCUGGACGACCACAAGCUCACACUGGAUGAACUACAGCGCAAAUAUGGCACAGACCUGACCAGGGGCUUGUCUGUCUCACGCGCUGCUGAGAUCCUGGCCCGCGAUGGUCCCAAUGCCCUGACCCCACCCCCCACCACCCCAGAGUGGGUCAAGUUCUGUCGUCAGCUUUUUGGUGGGUUCUCCAUGCUGCUGUGGAUCGGCGCCAUCCUCUGCUUCCUGGCGUACGGCAUCCAAGCAGCGUCAGAAAACGAGCCGACCAACGAUAAUUUGUACCUGGGUGUUGUCCUUUCUGCUGUUGUCAUCAUCACUGGCUGCUUCUCUUAUUACCAAGAGGCAAAGAGCUCCAAAAUCAUGGACUCCUUCAAGAACCUUGUUCCUCAGCAAGCCCUGGUGAUCCGUGAUGGUGAGAAGAAGAGCAUCAAUGCUGAGGAUGUGGUGGUUGGAGACCUGGUGGAGGUGAAGGGAGGAGACAGAAUCCCUGCUGACCUGCGAAUCAUUUCUGCUCAUGGAUGCAAGGUGGACAACUCCUCCCUCACUGGUGAAUCUGAACCUCAGACUCGUUCUCCUGACUUCUCCAAUGACAACCCUCUUGAGACCAGGAACAUUGCAUUCUUCUCUACCAACUGUGUUGAAGGAACUGCUCGUGGUAUCGUUAUCAACACUGGGGACCGCACUGUCAUGGGCCGCAUUGCCACCCUUGCUUCUAGUCUGGAAGUGGGACGCACCCCCAUUGCCAUUGAGAUUGAGCACUUUAUCCACAUCAUCACUGGCGUGGCAGUCUUCCUAGGUGUGACCUUCUUCAUCCUGUCCCUCAUUCUGGGAUAUGGCUGGCUGGAGGCUGUCAUCUUCCUCAUUGGAAUCAUCGUUGCCAAUGUACCUGAGGGGCUCCUUGCCACUGUCACAGUGUGCUUGACCCUCACUGCUAAGCGAAUGGCCAAGAAGAACUGUCUGGUUAAGAACCUGGAGGCUGUGGAGACCCUUGGCUCCACCUCUACAAUCUGCUCUGACAAAACAGGCACCCUGACCCAGAACCGAAUGACUGUGGCCCACAUGUGGUUUGACAACCAGAUCCAUGAGGCUGAUACCACAGAGAACCAGAGUGGCACCUCCUUCGACAGGAGCUCCGCCACCUGGGCUGCUCUGGCACGAACUGCUGGCCUGUGCAACCGCGCGGUCUUCUUGGCAGAACAAAACCAUGUUCCCAUCCUCAAGCGGGAUGUUGCAGGUGAUGCCUCGGAGUCUGCUUUGCUGAAGUGUAUUGAGCUGUGCUGUGGCUCAGUCAAAGAGAUGAGGGACAAGUACACAAAGAUUGCUGAGAUUCCGUUCAAUUCCACCAACAAAUACCAGCUCUCCAUCCACAAGAACCCCAAUGCCAAUGAAACCAAGCACCUCCUGGUCAUGAAAGGAGCCCCAGAAAGAAUCCUGGACCGUUGUUCCACCAUUCUGAUACAGGGGAAAGAGCAGCCACUUGAUGAUGAGAUGAAGGAUGCUUUUCAGAACGCCUACCUGGAGCUGGGUGGCCUGGGCGAGAGAGUGCUUGGUUUCUGCCAUUUCUUCCUUCCUGAUGACCAGUUUCCUGAAGGAUUCCAGUUUGACACCGAAGAAGUUAAUUUUCCCACUGAGAAUCUGUGCUUUAUUGGUCUCAUGUCAAUGAUUGACCCUCCACGUGCUGCAGUGCCCGACGCUGUGGGCAAAUGCCGAAGUGCUGGAAUCAAGGUUAUCAUGGUUACUGGUGACCACCCAAUUACAGCCAAGGCCAUUGCCAGAGGUGUGGGUAUCAUUUCAGAGGGCAAUGAGACUGUGGAGGACAUUGCUGCCCGAUUAAACAUCCCAGUUCGAGAAGUAAAUCCAAGAGAUGCCAAGGCCUGUGUGGUUCAUGGUGGUGACCUUAAGGACCUGACCUCAGAGCAGCUGGAUGACAUUCUCAAACACCACACUGAGAUUGUGUUUGCCAGGACUUCUCCUCAGCAGAAGCUGAUUAUCGUGGAGGGCUGUCAGCGACAGGGUGCCAUUGUAGCUGUGACAGGAGACGGUGUCAACGAUUCUCCUGCGCUAAAGAAAGCUGACAUAGGUGUUGCUAUGGGCAUUGCGGGAUCUGAUGUCUCCAAGCAGGCUGCUGACAUGAUUCUCCUGGAUGACAACUUUGCAUCCAUUGUGACUGGAGUGGAAGAAGGUCGCUUGAUCUUUGACAACCUUAAGAAAUCCAUUGCCUACACGCUGACUAGUAACAUUCCUGAGAUCUCACCCUUUCUCCUGUUCAUCAUCGCCAACAUCCCAUUGCCCCUGGGAACAGUCACCAUCCUCUGUAUCGACUUGGGGACUGACAUGGUUCCUGCCAUCUCCCUGGCUUAUGAAGCUGCUGAAAGUGAUAUCAUGAAAAGGCAGCCCAGGAAUCCCAUAACAGACAAGUUGGUGAACGAAAGACUCAUCAGUAUGGCCUAUGGCCAGAUUGGCAUGAUGCAAGCAACAGCUGGUUUCUUCACCUAUUUUGUCAUCCUGGCCGAGAACGGCUUCCUGCCCUCCACACUCCUGGGCAUCCGUGUUGGUUGGGACGACAAGUACGUUAAUGACCUGGAGGACAGCUAUGGGCAGCAGUGGACAUACGAACAAAGAAAGCUUGUGGAAUAUACCUGCCAUACUGCCUUCUUUGUCAGCAUCGUUAUUGUGCAGUGGGCUGACUUGAUCAUCUGUAAGACCAGGAGAAACUCUAUACUCCAACAAGGGAUGAAGAACAAGAUCCUCAUCUUUGGUCUGUUUGAAGAAACGGCUCUGGCUGCCUUUGUGUCCUACUGUCCAGGGAUGGACGUAGCCCUGCGAAUGUACCCCCUCAAGCCAUGCUGGUGGUUCUGUGCCUUCCCGUACUCCUUGCUCAUCUUUCUGUAUGACGAAGCCAGAAGAUAUAUCCUGCGACGCAGCCCAGGAGGCUGGGUGGAGCGAGAGACCUACUACUAGGGACCUGUCCCACAGCAGCUGCAUCUUUUUUUUUUCUGCUUUGGACAGGCAUAUCAGCCUUUUAUAGCACUCUUGUGGUGACUUCGGAUGUGUUUAUAUUUAAGAAAAAGCUCUUUGUGGUAAGUUACAGUUGAAACAGAUGCUCGUGACAUGUCUUGGCUGUACAAGAUAGAUUAAAAAGUGAUUUUAAACGAGCCAGUGUGUUCUCUGACGUUUCCACUCGUCCGUCUUUGUUUUGCCAGUCUAAAACGCGUGUAAAAGGACACUGCCCAAAAUAAACAGCAAGAACGGCCCCCGAGGAAAAGUGCUUGUUUCCCACAGCCUUUUCUAUUUUUCACACUGGAGCGAAAUGAAGCGCGAGCGAGUGGCGGGUUCCGCUGCUUAAGUUUAGCUUCAGCUUCAGCUUCAGCUUCGAUCGCCUCAGUCUCAGAAACUAAGAGAAAGACACGCAGCGCGUCGCCAGCAGCGCCUGAGGAGCCGAACCACCGAUGGCCAAAAAAACACAAAGAACAAUAAACUUGUAUACUUAGUGACGAAAUGAUGCGCUA